CACCUCGUGAAACGCGUUGCUUGAGGCGAUGCAGGUUUUCCCGAUCAUAUUAGCGCUGCCUUCGCCUUUUAAAAAUGGACCGGACUCCUCCAUUGCCACCUCGAUACUCCCCCGUUAUCCUUGAUCGCCUCUCCGUACACAACUAACCUGCAGCGAGUCCGUCGACGAGUGCCCGUAUCCAACGUAUCCAGACGACAUGGGCAUCCCGGGCGGGUUCGGUGCUACCCUCGUCGGGGGUUUGAUCUCCGCCAUGUUAUAUGGCAUAACGACUCUCCAGACCUAUGUGUAUUAUAUGCACGACACUGCGGAUUCCUCGAUCAUAAAGUUUAUUGUUGCGGCAGUAUGCGUUCUUGAUUCGUUACAUGUCGCAUUCAUGUGUCACAUCUUGUAUUACUACCUGAUAACCAAUUACGGCAAUCCGUUGAGUUUGGAGUUUGUUAUUUGGUCAUUCCCGGCGUCACUCAUUGCGAAUUUACUCGUAAUCACUAUAGCUCAACUAUUCUUCGCACAUAAAAUAUAUUACCUUUGCCGCCGUCAAGUGAGAUGGUUGGUAACCGCCCCAAUUAUAUUAUUAGUGAUAGCUCACCUCGGGUUUGGCAUGGCGACAGUUAUUUUAAUGCUCAUCAAUAAUGAGACCAGCUCCCUCUCGCAGGCUAGGUUUUAUUCCGCGACGCCUGCUGUGUCCACCGUCGUACUGGCUGAGGUUUUGAUUACGGCGGCACUCUGCAUACUUUUGUAUGAAAGUGGCUCCCGCUCCGCAAUCCCAAGAACGAAGCGCAUGUUGGACACGCUUAUCAUAUAUGCUGUCAACCGGUGUUUGUUGACCCUACUAGUCGCCAUUGCAGAGGUCUCCGUAGACGCUAGCAACUAUUCUGCCUGGGUAAUGGGAUUAGACUUCAUCAUUGGCAAACUAUACGCGAACUCGCUCCUAGCAUCGCUGAACACCCGGGAACACCUUCGAUCCCAGGGUCAGGGUUCAGGUACCGAGACAGACGUACGCGUCGAUGCUGUCCAUUUCGCAAACCUACAGCAGCUUUCGGAGGAUACACGGAGUUCAAAGGAUGAAGAACGGCAUUUCGAGGUUCGCAAUGCGGCCGUUAUCAAUAUUGGUGCUGUUCCGGUCCGUGAUAAGCCUACAACCUUGUGAAGAGAGGGGGAGGUGUGAUUCGAGUAGUUCCAUCUUUAUAUUCGUCAUCAUGUCCCAGGUAUCAUCACUGGAUAUAUGUAUCACCUACGUGCACGACACUCAUCUUGCGUCGUGAAGCUACAGAAGGGUAUGUAAUUUACGGUGAAUUU